GUAAAGUAUCAGGACCCAUCCAUAUGACCAUACAUCUAUCGAUCCAUCCAUCCGUAAUCAUACAAAUGAUACGCAAUGUCCGACCUCCAUUUCGACAUUUUCUCUUAUAUAAAAAGCAGAUUCGCAAUGGCCCAACGUCUCACCUACCGACGCCGUCUUUCGUACAACACCCGCUCCAACCGCGUCAAGGUCGUUAAGACCCCCGGUGGUAAGCUCGUGUACCAGUACCAGAAGAAGCCUGUCAAGGCCCCUCGCUGCGGUGACUGUGGUGUUGCUCUUCCUGGCCUCAAGGCACUCCGUCCCCGUGAGUACUCCCAGGUCUCCAAGACCCAAAAGAGUGUCUCCCGUGCCUACGGUGGUUCCCGCUGCUCGCACUGCGUUCGCAGCCGUAUCGUCCGUGCUUUCCUUGUUGAGGAGCAGAAGAUUGUCAAGAAGGUGCUUAAGUCUCAGACCGUGAAGAAAUAAAAAAUAUGGGUUACCUAUUUUUUGCACUCUUGUACCACCUUUAAACACUCGUGCUUGUCAUUCUACAUACAUCACUACAACAACAUCAACAACAAACAACAAAAUUAUAUCAUUUGGGCAUAUUGGAAUACGGUGAUAGGUUUCCAUGCUCGCAGGGGCAUCAUGUUUGUAUGUGUGCUGUUGUAGCUGUGCUGUUGUAGCGUUAAAUUUGGGUUGGACAAAGGGACGUCCCUAUGCUGGACUUUUGAAAGGGUAUUUGUCUUUCAAUAGCUAAAAAAGCCUAUAAAGUAAGAUAUAAUGCAGCAUAACUAGACGUGAAACGGUGUUAUCAGUGAAUGGAUGAAUUAUACCCAUUUCUUCGUGAACUUCUGUAAGAUGGUCUGUGCGAAUGCGGCCGUCACAGACUGUCUGCUGCUCCUGCUGAGAUGCAACCUGGCUGGUUGGUGAGGGGAAC